UUACUUGUUCCCAAAAAUUAGGUUAAGUGUCACAAAAUUGAAUAAUUUUGAAACACUUCUAUACAUUUAAGGUGAUUUUGUUUUAUUAUUUAUACUUUUCAGCUUUUAAUAAGUCGGAAAGCAAUAAAUGCGUUUAUAUAUAACUUAUGAGUGGCUGUCAGCAUUUUAUUUGCAAAUCUGGAUGACAAACUAGAAAUCAUGAUUUCUGCUGCAGAUCCACAGGAAUUUGUUCCAAGUGGACGGCAGCAUAUUUUACGUCAUCCAGGCCUAUAUGAAAAAUCUAAAAAUUCAGAACAGUGUGAUUCUCCAGACUUUCUUUCAAAUGAAUUUGAAAAAGUAGCUAUUAAUGAAUCAAAAGGUACUGAAAAGUGGUUAAUUCGUUCACUUUCGGAAAUAGGUUCUACUCAUAUAUCAACUCAUGGUACAGAGGCAAACUGUGAGAAGGGGACUAAGCCAGAAAACAUUAAUAAAAGAAAACUUUUUAUAAAUGAUUCAUGGUUAUUUAAAAGUGUCGAUUUAGACAAAACACAAAAACGUUCAUCUAGAAAAUUUAAUGAACUCAGGUCUAGUGUUUCAGAGAGUAACAAAUCUCAUAUUGAUAUUGAAACUUCUGUAUCCACUAAAAAUCCUGUCCCGUUAUAUAUAGUACGGUAUAGGUCUAAUUUAAAAUGUAUGGAAGAAGAACUUUAUAUUAAAGACAACACAGUUAUUUGGUCAUGUGGCUUAGUCUCCACAGGGAGCAAUUAUGAUUCAUCAAAUAGAGUAAUUAAGAAGUCAUUCACUUUAAUAAAUCCUAUUAAACAUGCCCUGUGGUGUAAAUUUUAUUGUGAGCAUCCCAGUUUUGGAGAUAGCACAGAGACAAAUGAUAAGGCUAAUGUACCAGUAGGUGAACCAAUAAGUUGUGUUUGCAUAGUUGAUAAUGAAAAUCUUUAUUCAUAUACUGAGACUAAUGAAGACUUUGUUACUUCGUUACCAUUUGCUAUAAAAAAGGUUUAUGAAUGUAAAUUUGGCAUUUUGGUAGAAAAGGAAACAAAGGAACAUGAUGAUGUUGAUGAUAACUUCAUGUUACCAACUAUGUUUUCACUUACCCAUCCUCUAGACGAAUUCAGUCCCCUUGCAAUUAAACAAGGUCCUGUUAUAAAAAUAAUGGAUGAUUCUGCCAGAACUAUUAUCUUCACUUCCAAAAAUCCCAGUUUUUGUGUUAUUUAUGAUGAAAGGUUGAGACAGCACAGCAUUUAUUUAUUGCGAAAAUUACAAAGUAAUGAAAAUGUGGAAAUGUCUGUAAAGUCGUUCAAUAAAACGGCCCCAUCGAUUGGCCUGUCAGACAGGUUGAGAAGUCGACUUUCGCUACUUGCUGAACGUGAACAAAAACGCAGUUUCUCACAAGGUACUCCUUUCAAUAGUCGAUUAGGGAGCGCCAUUAAUAGUCGGUCCCAAAGUUCAAUGGCGACCAUUAGUCGAUGUCAAUCCCCAGCAAUGUCACCUUUGGUGACUGAAGGACCAUUACUUAAUAAAUUGUUUCGACAUAACAUAACUCGUAAUGCCGAAUUGUAUUCAAGCUUUCCAUUUGACACUAGAAACACUGAAAUUACUGAAACAACGUAUCAACUCGAUCCCUCCUUUUGUUUGGAACUCCUGUGGACAGAUAACGUUCUGUCUCAACAAAGUAACGUUGGACCGGCCUCUAAAGUAUUUUUAAUCAGCGAUCUAGCAGGUCGUCAAUUUUUGUGUUAUUUAAUUUCCACCCUUUCGCAAUUAAUAAUUAUUGAAAUGGUCGCAUCGAAAAGCAAUUACUUUAAUUUUAACUAUGUAACAAGUAUUCCUGCAAAAGAUGCUGAUGUUAUUCCACAUCUGCAUAUGGUGGCAGUAUUAGAUCAUAAUAGUAACAUAAAUCUGUAUUCUGGUACCACUUUGGUGGGAAAACUCCAUAUUGGUGGAGUGUUAGUACAGCACAGUCCUUCUCCUUAUGCUAUGCGAAGUAUUCCUCAAUUUAAUUCUCCCUUCCCGAGGCGGAGCACUUUGCUUCCACAUUAUAGUACCCCUGUAGCUGAUCCUAAUUUUGAGGAACAUUUAUUGAGCCCAGUUUUACCACUUACUCCGUCUGAAAAACGUGUUGGUGUUAUGUUAACUCCUGAGGCUUACACAACAGCUAGAGCAAAUAAUAGGGCCCAAUUAGUUGAAUUGCGCGAUGCUGUUGAUAAUCGUUUAACUCUCCGAUAUUCUGAUGGUACGUGUUACCGAAUAACAUUUCCGGAUAUAACAUGCAGCUCCCUGAUUAACACGUGUUUAAACGCAAUGAGAUGUACACUUGAACGAGACAUUGUGGUAGUACUUAUAUCCAAAUGGUAUGCCAUCCGUAAUGCACCAGGUUCAUCUAAUUAUACCCAAGAGAAAGAAUGGAUAAUAUUCACAGGGCUAAUUUUUGAAUUACUGGGCUAUAGUGAAGAAGACCACGAAAUACAAACGUACCCCUACAGCACCCCUUCGAGUGCUCCAAAGAAACAAAGAACAUGUAGCAAAGGUUCAGAUCAUGAUUGGAAUCAGUUAUUAAACUCGGAUUGGCAUAAAAAUGUUAACAAUAAUCUUUCGCGAACCCUGAAUUUAAAGAAAACAAUCUCUUCACUGGAAUCUCCAAAUAAAAGUAACAGAAUACAUUCGAACAUCAACGCCACCCUUUUUCCUCAUAUCUACACGAUCUUUUUCACUUUGCAUUUGGUUUAUGAAGAUUUAAAAUUAAGCAGCUUGCGUUAUAACGAGCUUCCCUUAUUAGCUAAUUUCUUGAACAGAUUGUCUUCAGAUAUUGGACUUCAUCAAUAUGAAGUGCAAUAUUGGAAAGAGUUUCCAGAUAAUUGUGAAAUUCGAGGCGUAAAUAACGAUAAAUGUAUUUCAAAAAACAGUUUAAGUUUUGUUGAGAAUAAAAAUUUAAUGGGAAACAAGGUCGAGAGUGUUUUCAAAUUUGUUUUUGAUCUACUUGACGGCAAAGAUGUGGAACCGUUCCCUUAUAUUGAAAAUGUUAAUGUCAAAACGAAGAAUAUUUUACAGCUUUGCGGUUUACUUAUCAGUGGUUCAUGUUGCCAAGUCGGCACCAUUGAAUUGGAUAAAUUCGUGAAACAAAUUUCAUUACAUAGCGAAAUUCAAUCGGAAUCUUUUGUAAAAAAGACAAAUUCUAUUAAAGUAGAACAUGACGUAGCUAAGAAAGUUGUCUCUUUGAUGACUGAAAUGGGUAUCACGAACAAGGAAAUGGAUACACUUCCUUCCGGAAUAAAUUUACUGUUGCACGAUGCUCUUUGGCAAUGUCGUGAGAACCCUCCCCCUGACUGGUCUGCCAAAGCCUAUAAUUUAUUACAAAGGCCAGAUUUAGCCGCUCAGGCUCAAAUAAUUGAAAGGGGCAAGUCUGAAUCAUCCAUUGAUAAAUAUGGAGCUUGUGGGUCUCUUCAAGAAAUAUUACCAACAAUUAAACAAGUGGAUGAUAUAGAAAACGAGGACGGUAUGGAAGAUAUAGACAAUACUUUGCUUAAAAUGCGCUUUCCAGAAGAUCACAGAGUAGCAGAAGCUAGAAAGCUUCUUCAAAGUUCGAAACCAGUAACCAUCGCAUUGAUUCAGAGACCUGACGUUUCUGAUCAUGAUUUUAUAGAUGAACAGGAAAAACAUCUUUACGCUAUUUGUUCAAGAACGAUGGCUCUUCCGGUUGGGAGGGGCAUGUUUACCAUGAGAACAGCUACACCUAUAAUAACGGAACCACUACCCUGCCCACGUUUAUGUUUAACGGGUAAAACACCACCUCGGGGUGCAACGGUUGAAUUAACGCACAUUGACACGCCUCCAAAUAUGAACUUAUGGCCUCUUUUUCAUAAUGGGGUGGCGAAUGGUCUUAGAAUUUCUCCGGAUGCUCAUAAUAUCGAUUCGAAUUGGAUCGUAUUUAAUAAACCCAAAAAUUCCAUGGAAACAAUGAUGGAACACGCCGGAUUCUUAAUGGCCCUGGGUCUAAAUGGACAUUUGAAAAACCUAGCCAUUAUGAAAACCUUCGACUACUUGGCAAAGUUUCACGAAAUGACCAGCGUUGGUGUCCUUUUAGGUUUGGCUGCUGCAAAUCGAGGCACCGCUAACACGUCUAUAACAAAAAUGCUGAGCAUUCACAUCGAAGCACUUUUACCUCCAACGUCCAUGGAAUUAGACAUACCACAAAAUCUUCAGGUUGCGGCAUUAAUGGGCAUAGGUUUGGUAUACCAAGGAACAGGUCACAGGCAUAUGACCGAAGUUCUUCUAUCGGAAAUUGGUAGACCUCCAGGUCCCGAAAUGGACAACAGCAUUGAUAGAGAAUCAUAUGCGUUGGCCGCUGGUUUAGCCCUAGGAUUAGUGACAUUGAGGCAGGCUGGAAAAACCACUGAACUGACUGAUUUAAAUGUACCGGAUACGCUUCAUUAUUAUAUGGUUGGCGGAAAUAAGAGACCUCUUACAGGUUCCCAAAAAGACAAGUACAAAGUGACAUCUUUUCAAAUAAAAGAGGGAUCCACUGUUAAUUUGGACGUAACUGCUCCUGCAGCCACUUUGGCACUGGGUUUGAUGUUUCUGGGUAGUGGUAAUAAAGCAGUGGCGGAUUGGAUGGCGCCCCCUGCGACGCAGUAUUUAUUAGACUUCGUUAGACCCGAUUUUCUUAUGCUUCGAGCUUUAGCGAGGUCUCUUAUUUUGUGGGACGAGAUUGAACCUAGUCAAACUUGGGUAGAAUCUCAGGUACCCAGUACCAUAAUACAAUACUGUAUAGCCCGUAGGUCAUCAAUAGAAAAUGGUAUCGAUUACGAAGCUAUGAACCAAGCUUAUUGUAAUAUAGUGGCCGGGGCCUGUUUUGCAAUCGGUUUAAAGUAUGCAGGUUCUGCUGACGAGGAGGCUUACAAGACGCUUUUGUAUUUCUGUUUUUUAUUUACAAAUCUUACUUCGAAAACCAUCGCGGACUUAGCUGGGAAGCCCACUAUCGAGACCUGUUUGAAUGUCGUUCUUAUUUCAAUAGCCAUAGUCAUGGCUGGAACAGGCCAUUUGGCAAUAUUGAGAUUUGUGAGGCAUUUGCGCAGAAGAGUAGGUGUUAGUAGCAGUUCUGUGGUUACUUACGGUUCACAUUUAGCAGUUCACAUGGCACUCGGUCUGUUGUUUCUUGGUGGGGGACGAUAUACUCUUAGUAAUUCCCCUUCAAGCAUUGCCGCUCUUAUUUGUGCUUUUUAUCCUAAAUUUCCCACCCACAGUAAUGACAAUAGAUACCAUCUUCAAGCAUUUCGACAUCUGUACGUAUUAGCCGUAGAAUCAAGAAUUGUCAUUCCCAAAGAUAUAUCUACUGGUAAAAUGUGUUAUGCCUGGUUAACAGUUAUUUUCUUGAAUGGUAAACGGGAAGUCAUGAAGGGACCUUGUCUAAUUCCUGAUCUGAAUAGUUUAUUGAGAGUUUCCAUAGAUGACGACAGACAUUGGCCUGUUGUUUUUGAAAGAGGACGAAAUUGGGAUUUGCUAUUGAAGCUCAUAAGCUCUUCCGGCUUUAUAGAUGUGAAACAGAGGGCGGGUUGUUUGAGUUAUGUGGAAGACAAACUCGGUUAUCAGAGUGAAUUGGCUCGCACAUUGACUCAGUCAACGGUUAUACCUUGGGAUCCUCCACCUAAAUCGAUAAUAUCUUUCUCGUCCGAUUCGACAGUACGCCAUUUCACUAAGCAUUUUUUAAUUUCUAAAUCGUCAGAUAAAAGCGAAGAAGAAGCUACAUUUCAACAAACGUUAACAAGAGCCACUUACGACUUUGUUAUAAGAGAUAAGUUACCUGCUUUACCAAUAUUAAUUAGUCUUGUCAAGAUCGUUUGUGAUGUUGACAAGACUCCUAACGUUUUGCAACUUUGGCAGUUCAGAAUUGUUUGUCGUCAUAUAUUGAAGCAGACGUGCGUUAGCAAUUUAAUAUCAGGAGAUUCAUGCUUGGCAUUGAUGCAAAAACUCAUGCUUAAAGUUAACGCGUGGGAACCGAUUUUAUUUGACAAUUUGAGAUCUUACCUUUUCGGUAAGCAAGUGAAUUGUGUCGAAGACAUAGCGAGAAAGAUUGCCCUUUACGUAUCUUUUUACGAUAUUCCGUAUAACGAAAACUUACCUUGCCAAAACUGGUUGGAAUUAAUGUGUAAUAUGGAUAAAUUAAAAAUUCCACCGCACACAAUGGAUAAACUUCUCACAAUAAUGAAUUCAUGAUUUAUUAAUUAGGAGGUAAUAUAGUAGUCUUGAAAGAAUCAGAAAAGAAAAUUAUUUACACUUUGAUAAGUAUAUAAUUUUUAGUUGAACGAUCUUUGUAAAGAUAAUUUGUAAACUC